AUGAUUGGUCGGAUGGUGGUGUUGGUGGCGGUUGUCGGCCAAUCUUCGAUGUCUUACUGUCUUCGAUGUCUUCGAUGUCUUCAGUCUUCAGUCUUCACUGAUGUCUUCAGUCUUCACUCAUGUCUUCUCGCGAACUUCUGCUGCCCGCUCAGUUUCUCCAUCGUCCGUCGUUAUCGCUAUCAGCGCCCAGUCCAGCAGGAACGUAAUACACCAGCCAUUGUCAUAUUGUGUAGUCUAUUUCGCAGUCUCAGCCUCUCCAUUCUACUCGGCCCGAGCGGCUGCAUUCUUCCCGGCCGCCUGUCAUGCUCCACCAGUCUCACCAUUCUCCAUUCUCCGUUCGCUCUGCCUCCUUGCUCUCCCGUCGUCGCCUGCACUUUUUCCCUCCAGCGGCCUCCUCUCCUACAUUCCCGUGGCCAUUCCCCCCGAACUCGCCGUUUCUACACCUGCUCUCCCAUUCCCGGCCUAAACGCCACCGCCCGAGAUCGCACACGAGCCCGCGCCGCAAAGCCUGCCGCCCAUUGUUCUUGUUUCGUAUAUGGCGCUUGCCAGCGUGGACAGGGUCAAUCUUCUCCUGCAGCAGAGUGCGGCUUCGGUGCAGCACCUUUAUAG